UGAUUGGAUUUGGUAAGUCAAGGUCGUUUGUUGUUGUUGUUUAUCUUCGUUGUUUAUGAUUCUUUCUUGGUUUACCUAUUUUAUUUAAAGGAUUUAUUUAAAUAUCGCAUUGAUUUCGAAUAGGCUAUACACUUUUUAAUGUUUAAUAUUUGACAGUUAAUUGAAUAUACAAUUGUUUGCAAUGGAAGAUAAUGAAAAAGACGAAGGUAUUGAACCCCAUGAUACUCCCCAAAUUUCACCUACAAUAAAUAAUGAAGAAUUGACUGAAGAAGGUAUUAAACAUCAUUCACAUGAGUCCCUAGCUCCCGUAAAUUUUUACCAGAUAAAACCAAAUUUACAGGAAAAAUUUAAGGAACUGCCAGUUAAACAUAUCUUAAAAGAAGUUCAAGAUGCUAUUCUAGGAGGAAAAUCUUAUGAUGUUGAUAAUGUAAAAAAAUGGACUAUUAAAAUUGCAAAUGAUGUCAAUGAGAAAGUCAAAGAAUUAGAAAUGAAAAGAUAUAAGCAUAUAGUACAAGUUUUACUUGGCGAAAGAAAAGGGCAGGGCAUUAAGUCUGGUGUAAGGUGUCUUUGGGAUUGUGAAAUUGACGGUUAUACGAGUGAAAUAUUUAUGAAUGAUUCCAUAUUUUGUGUUACAACAGUUUUUGCAGUAUAUUUAUAUUAGCAUAAUUUGACUUCAUUUGUUCUUGUGUUACUAUAUUUAAUGUGAAAAAUACACGGGUUUGCUUAUAAAUAUUUAUUGUUACAAUUUAAUGUAAACUAAUUUAAUCACUUAAAAUAUAAUUUUAGUACUGAGUUCACAAGCUUAUAUUAAACAUAAGAAUACAUUGCUAUAAAUUUCAAAAUUUAAUUAAAACUGAAUUUACAGUUGUAUGCACUCUAUUUUAAAUAAAAAGAAAUACGG